UGGAUUGUGGAAAUUGCAUUAAAUUUCUCAUUUUUUUAGCUGAAUCCUUGAACUUCUUUCCAUGUUCAAUAACCCCUUCUUUUAAUAGGAAAAACCCAAUCUUUCAAGUACCAAGAGAGGAAAAACAAUGGCUUCACUGAAUCUGGGUUCUUUGGUUCAAUCUUACUCCAGUUUCAACCAAGUUUCCAUGUCCAAGUAUUCUCCUUUAUCCAUAUCCUUUCCCUUCAAUUUCUCGAAGAAUUUUUCUUCAACCCCCAAAACCCCCUGCUUUGCUUCUCUUCCUAUGAUUUCAUCGGUCCUUACCAAAGAAGACACUGUCAAGGAAGAAGAACCAUGCCCUCAAAUACCAAGUUUUGAUUUCAAAUCAUACAUGGUUCACAAGGCCAACUCGGUUAACCAAGCCAUGGAGUCAGCUGUUUCACUCCAUGACCCUGUUAAAAUCCAUGAAGCAAUGCGUUACUCUCUUUUAGCCGGCGGCAAAAGGGUCCGUCCUGUGUUUUGUCUAGCCGCCUGUGACCUCGUUGGUGGCCAAGAAUCCAUGGCUAUGCCGGCGGCUUGUGCUGUCGAAAUGAUACACACCAUGUCUCUAAUCCACGACGAUCUUCCUUGCAUGGACAACGACGAUCUCCGUAGAGGCAAACCGACUAAUCACAAGGUUUUCGGUGAAGAUAUAGCUGUAUUAGCAGGGGAUGCUCUUUUGGCAUUCGCUUUUGAACAUAUAGCUGUUGCCACGGAUGGUGUUACGCCUGGUAGACUCGUGAGAGCAAUCGGGGAAUUAGCUAAAUCCAUCGGAGCUGAAGGGUUGGUGGCUGGACAAAUUGUGGAUAUCACCAGUGAGGGUCUAACCGAUGUGGGAUUGAAUCAUUUAGAGUUCAUCCAUGUUCACAAAACCGCUGCUUUGCUUGAAGCAGCCGUGGUAUUAGGGGCAAUUCUUGGAGGUGGAUGUGAUGAAGAUGUGGAGAAGUUGAGGAAAUUUGCAAGGAACAUUGGGCUGUUGUUUCAAGUUGUGGAUGACAUUCUUGAUGUAACGAUGUCAUCCAAAGAAUUAGGGAAAACUGCAGGGAAAGAUUUGGUUGCUGACAAGGUCACUUACCCUAAGUUGAUGGGGAUAGACAAAUCAAGAGAGCUUGCAGAGAAGUUGAAGAAUGAUGCAUUAGAGAUGAUUCAAGGAUUUGAUCCUGAGAAAUCUGCACCCUUGAUUGCUUUAGCUAAUUAUAUAGCUUACAGGCAAAACUAGUUGCCUAUUGUAUUUCAAUGAGAAUUUCCUUGUACUGUUGUAAAACUCUCAUCCAAUUGUAGAUU